AAAGAUGGGGGCUGGGCGCUCGUCCCGCCCCACUGGCAGAGCACUGAGGGAAUCCCAGUGCCCGGAGGGGCGGCCUGCAAAGGGGAGGGGGGCCGGGGCGGGGCCGACGGCAGGAGGCCGAGCUCGUUGCUAUAAAAGCGGAGGCGGGGGCGUAGCUCUCGCCGUGCCCGUUUCCGUGCGACAGCUCGCGUACGCCUCAGCUCUCCUUGGCCGCUAACAUGGCGCUCUCCGGCGACCCCCAUUUCAAGAAGCUCGUGGAGUGGCACAAGGCGAACUCCUCCAAGCUCGUCCUGCGGAAGCUGUUCGAGGCCGAUAAGGAUCGCUUCCAGAAGUUCAGCUUGAAUCUAAAUACUGACCAUGGUGAUAUCUUACUGGAUUAUUCAAAGAACCUUGUUACAGAAGAAGUGAUGAAAAUGCUUCUGGAACUGGCAAAGUCAAGGGGUGUGGAAAGUGCCAGAGAAAGCAUGUUCAGUGGAGAGAAGAUCAACUUCACUGAGAACCGAGCUGUGCUUCAUAUUGCUCUAAGAAAUCGGUCCAAUACGCCAAUACUUGUAGAUGGGAAGGAUGUUGUUCCAGAAGUAAACAAAGUGUUGGACAAAAUGAAAAACUUCUGUCAGAGGGUCCGUGGUGGUGAAUGGAAAGGCUACACUGGAAAGGCAAUCACUGAUGUGGUCAAUAUUGGCAUUGGUGGCUCUGACUUGGGCCCUCUCAUGGUAACUGAAGCACUGAAACCGUAUUCCAAGGGAGGCCCCCGUGUUUGGUUUGUAUCCAACAUUGAUGGUACACAUAUAGCCAAAACCCUGGCUGAGCUUAAGCCAGACUCUACACUCUUCAUCAUAGCAUCAAAGACUUUCACCACCCAAGAAACGAUCACCAAUGCAGAAACGGCUAAGGAGUGGUUCCUGAAUGCUGCUAAGGAUCCUUCAGCUGUGGCCAAGCAUUUUGUUGCCUUGUCUACCAAUGGUCCUAAAGUUAAAGACUUUGGAAUUGACACAGAGAACAUGUUUGAGUUUUGGGAUUGGGUUGGUGGCCGCUACUCUCUCUGGUCUGCCAUUGGUCUCUCCAUUGCUCUCCAUAUUGGUUUUGACAACUUUGAGAACUUGCUUGCAGGAGCCCACUGGAUGGAUAAUCACUUUCGCACUGCCCCACUGGAGAAGAACAUGCCUGUUCUGUUGGCCAUGCUAGGGGUCUGGUAUAUAAACUGCUAUGGCUGUGAAACCCAUGCCCUUCUGCCCUAUGACCAGUACAUGCAUCGCUUUGCUGCCUACUUCCAGCAGGGUGAUAUGGAAUCUAAUGGCAAAUACAUUACCAAGAAAGGCUCUCGUGUGGACUACAAUACUGGCCCUAUUGUCUGGGGAGAGCCUGGCACCAAUGGGCAGCAUGCUUUUUACCAGCUCAUUCAUCAAGGAACUCGCAUGAUUCCCUGUGACUUUCUGAUCCCAGUCCAGACCCAGCAUCCUAUCAGAAAUGGCUUGCAUCACAAGAUCCUUCUGGCCAACUUCCUUGCUCAAACCGAGGCCUUGAUGAAAGGGAAAACUGCUGAUGAAGCUCGUAAGGAACUUCAAGCAGCAGGACUGAGUGGGGAUGCCCUGGAGAAGCUUCUUCCCCAUAAGGUCUUUGAGGGAAAUCGACCAACCAAUUCCAUAAUGUUUACAAAGCUCAACCCAUUCACUCUGGGAGCAAUCAUUGCCAUGUAUGAGCACAAGAUAUUUGUUCAAGGUGUUGUCUGGGAUAUUAACAGUUAUGACCAGUGGGGAGUUGAACUUGGAAAACAACUUGCCAAGAAGAUUGAGCCUGAACUGGAGUCAGAUGCUCCAGUGACUUCUCAUGAUAGCUCAACAAAUGGGCUCAUCAGUUUCAUCAAAAAACACAGAGCCUGAAAUGAAAGAUUUGGAGAACAUCGACAAUCUAACCACCAAAUACCCAAAUCUGUUGUAGUUGUGCUUUUUUAGCCACUUCUAACAAAAAUAGCACUUUACAGAUGUAGCUUUUUCACUUGUUGCAGUUAAUCUUGUUGCGUCAAGUGUUACAAAUGAAAAUAGUUUUGUGAAACCCAGAGAUUGUGUAUAGUUGCUUUCCAUUUUUGUGGCUGUUAAUCUGUAAAGUGCAGUUGGUAUGUUCCUUGGUUCUUAUCCCUCAAUUUCCUUAAAGAUGAUCACAUACUGAUAUUAGAAAAUAAAGGGUAUGAUGGAUGAGUAAAAUGUAAUACAUUGCUGAAGUGCAGGCUUGCCUUGCUGACUGUGAGGUCCUCUGAAGCCAAGCAAAACUUGUGUCUCAGACUGGUUUUGUUGUAAACUAGAAUGUGUUCAAAGAAACAAAUCUACAGCUGCAGGUUGUUCAGAUUGCAUGGUUUGAUGCAUUUGGGCAAGAUAGACAUUCUUCUUAAUGCUGCUGUGAAAAGGGAAUUUUACUGAUAUUUGGUAAAAGAUCUUGGAUUUCUGCAUAAGCUAUGGAAACCCUGUGUGCACAGCUAUGAAGAUUCCUGGAGUGACAGUGAUAUCUGAAUUUUCCAAACAGUUUAAGAGCUUGCAGAGCAGAAACUUACGAUCACUUGCUAAACAAAAUGUAUUUUUGGUGUCCUCCAGAGGCAGAUUCUCUCACUUCUAUUAAAUUGUCACCACUGUUCUAACAGAAACAGGUGAAUAGAGGAUGGCUGAACUAUUUGUAAAGAACUUGCUUAUCUGCUUUCAUUUUCUACCACUGACCUUUUCUGCUAGUGGACUAGCAUGCUAUGGCUAUUGUUCUGUAACACCUUUAAUAAAGGUAAGACACAAGCAUUGAAAA